CUGGAAGAAGUUCCUACUUUAUCUGCCCUGAUAAUUUGCCGUCAGUUGUCUGAGGCAUUGUUGUUUUUGCAUUCGAUGGGACUGGUUCACUGUAAUGUGACUCCACAUUCAGUCUACUUGUUCGCGAUCGAUCAGGUCAGAUUGGGAAAUUUCGAAUACGUUGCCGAUUUAAAUCACUUGCCCGCGGACUUCCUUGCCGACUGGCUCCCUCCCGAAUUAUGGCACGAUCAUACCAAUUCUACCCUGACUCCAAUCCCUUCCACAGACAGCCAAUCGCACAAGGAGGAUCGUUGGACAUGCCCGAUUUCACCGGUCACAGACGUAUACAGUUUGGCUAAACUAUUGAAAUUCCUUUGGUCCCAGCACCAUGAUAAUUCAAGCACAACAGAUCAAUUGCCUUUGUUAGUUGAUGGACCGAUCACCAGUGUGGACAUGUUACUGAAAGCUGCACUUCAGUCUCGCCCGGAGGAACGGCUUCCCAUGAAACAGUUUCACCGGUUGCUCAUUCAUCUGUUUUGGAAUGAAUACGAUCAAAUUCGUCCACCGAAACCGCCAAUUCACAAUCCGAUCCCGUGUCCGUUGCGUUUGUGUUCACAUCACCAUCCAUCAUGUGACACUUUUGUACGAAAAGAUGAGAAAAAGAAGACUCCGGUAACGCAUGCGAUUCAGUUGUCGUCUAUGCGAAACUCUAGUCAACCCCAGUCCUCAUCGGUCAGCAAAUCCAGUCACGAAGUAUAUAUCACUUAUCGGAAACGUGACCCGACACCAUUUUCUGAGAAGAAGAUCAAUGACAACCGCCCGGAAGUUGAUCAAGGUACGUGGACACCGAGGCCUGUGGACAGUCCACUGGACUGUGGAUCCAGUCCAUCUCCAUCCACCGGAUCGCACUUCACUCGAUUUGUCCAGGCGAGCUCGAGUCGCCGAAAGAACGAAAAAAUGAUUUCGAAUAAACAGGAAAGUGCUCGUUCAAAGCUCACACGAUUCUAUCCUUUCAUAAAUGAAUGGCUCAAACGGAAACGAAUGACGGGAUCAACUCCAAACGGAACGGACACUUCUGAUGGAUUAUCGAUUUUCGACGAGAAAUCUACCAUGAUCAAUACUCCGUUCUGUCGAGCUGAAGCACCCAGUUCGGAGAAUGGCAAGCAACCUAUGACCCCGUUGCCCAGCUGUUUGCAACGCAGUUCUGUGCGUAAAUCCAAAACUGUGAAAUUGUCCCGUACGGAAUAUGUGGAACUGGCCGCUGUACCUCGUGUCCCCGAGGGGGUUGAUGUACCGCCUGAUCUUGUCCCUCGACGAAUCUUGUCCGCUCCGCAACCGCGAAGGCAUGUGCGUCGUUCGCAAACCUUAUCCGUUGGCUGGCGAACAGAUUCAGUUGUGGAUGGCAAUUCACGUGGGAUGGAGACACCCAAAUCGGCUGGUUUGUUUCAGCGGUCGAAUUCCCUUCACAAAACUAUGUACAAUCCACCAGUCAUAGUGGCUCCAUUAUCUCUGGCGGCUUUGUCGCGCAAUUGUGAACACAUGCCAAUGAAACCGGCCUCCCAUUUGACUCGGACUGCACCGAUCAAUCUCAGUUAUGCUCAGAUCACUGGUACUCCAGAUCUCAUUCGUUCUUCCAGUCGAUUAAGUCGACGACGUUUUCACCGGACUCCAAACGGAUUGGUCACUGCGGGCUGCCCACGUCAGAUGACUGCAUAUCAGCCAGGACCAACACAUCGCAGUGCGAGUUGUUCGGCCUUGUCCCAACUCACUUUCUCCACACAAUUCCGUGAUCGGAUUCACAAUCGGUCAGUUCAAACUGAGAACACAUGGCUAUGUGACUCUUGUCGGUUUCGUAUCCGAUCAAUCCGAAGUGACGCGGUCCGUUCAUCUGAUCAACGAUCCGUAGUCAGGGGGUCUGACAGUGUGUACGACACUCCACCAAAUGUACCGUCUCCACUCUCUUCGGAUAAUAAAAACAACUUGGUUGGCCGCAUUAUCGAACUGUUCGAAUCAUUUGCUCAAACUCAGUCGGACAAAUCCACACCGUUCAAGUCGUCACGCCAAGACUGUGGUCCAUUUUGGACACCUCGUCUGGGACUUCGUGACACAAAUCCGCAUCCGAAAUGUCCACGAUCUUUGACACGAAUACAGGUCAAUGGUUGGAAAAAAACUACUGAAUUUCCACCUUUUGGCAAACAACUGCACACUGAGUCUCCUCGAGUCGAAUCGCAACAGGUCACCUCAGUGGCCGACACGAAUGGGUCGAAGAGUCUGUCUCAGUUGCUCAAAUUAAGAGACAAUAUUUCGAAUGAAGAUCAAAGCGCACCCCAACAAAUGUAUGAUUAUUAA